AUGUCCCGUGAACCAGCCGCGGCCGAGCCAAAUGAGGCCCUCAUCCCGUCAGCAGCGGGAACCGCAUUGGGAAUGAGUUCUGAAUUGCGUGUGGAGCUGCCGCUCUCGCCGGAAGUGUGCCCCGCGGAGAUGGAAGUGGGCUCAAAGGAGGGCCUGCAGCCAGCACCAAAAAAUUGGUUUUUGCGCCUCUUCGGCUACAUUGUGCCCCACGGCGGUGCUCUCUCUGGCAUGUUGAAUCUCGCAAGCGUCACGCUUGGGGCCGGCAUUAUCUCGCUUCCGUCCGCCUUCAACACCUCCGGAAUGGUCAUGGCGAUGGUGUAUCUGGUGGCGGUGACAGUGUUGACGGUGUUUUCCAUCAACUUGCUCGUGCGGGCAUCAGAGCGUACGGGGUACCGCAGCUUUGAAAGUUUGGCGCGCGGCCUCCUCGGGCGCGGCGCGGACAUCGCGGUGGCACUUCUGCUCUGGAUUCUCUGCUUUGGUGGCGCCAUUGGGUACGUGGUGGCCGUGGGCGACGUCCUUCGGCCCAUCCUGGCACACAAGGGUGUGCCUGCGUACCUGCAGACAGACAGCGGGCGGCGCGUGAUCAUGAGCGGCAUCUGGAUGCUCUUCAUGUUUCCCCUUGUGCUUCCAAAGCAUGUGAACUCGCUGCGAUAUGCCUCGGCUAUCGGGGUGCUGUUUAUUGUUUUUUUUGUCGGCUGCGUUGUGGUGCACUCGGCGCAGAAAAUUGCCGCGGACGGCCACGUUCGCUCGGAUCUCGUGAUGUUCCGCCCAGGCAACAGCGCCGUCUCCGGGCUCGCGCUCUUCAUGUUUGCGUACCUCUGCCAGGUAAAUUGCUUCAAAAUUUUUUACGAAAUGAGACGACGCUCCGUCGCACGUAUGACCCGUGAUGCGACGGCAAGCUGCGGCAUCUGCUGCGUGCUUUACUUUCUGAUCGGGUUCUUUGGCUACGCGGAGUUUGGGCCGGAGGUGUCUGGGUCUAUUCUGAAGUACUUCAACCCCUACAAGGCCCCUGUCUUUUUCGUCUGCUUCAUUGGCAUCAUUGCGAAGCUGUGUGCUGCCUUUUCCCUUAACAUGCUGGCAUGCCGCACCGCCCUCUUCCAGGUCAUGCGUUGGGAUUUGGACACGAUGCCGUACUGGAAACACACCAUCUUCAGCGUCACAUUUGCCGUCGGGGCACUCCUCUUUGGCCUCUUCCUGCCAGACAUUAACAUCGUUUUUGGCCUUGUGGGGGCGUUUUGUGGCGGCUUCAUCGGCUUCGUCUUCCCAGCGCUCUUUAUCAUGUACUCGGGGAACUGGUCCUACAGCAGCGUUGGGGCGGUGCAGUACUUCUCGACGUACUUCCUGCUUCUAUCGGGCGUAGUGGCGAUUACGUUCGGCACCGGCAGCACCAUUUUCAGCACCAUUCAGCGGUUCGCGUGA